AUGUCCGAAUACUCCUUCACCUCUGAUUCUGACUCUGGCUCCAUCAUCAUGACCCCAUCCUCCGGCUCCGAAUACUCCCCGGCAGCCUCCAUGAUCGGGUCUUCCAUGAUCGACGUUACCACCCCGUCCUCCCCCUCCUUCUCCAGCCACGACAGCGGUUCCGACUAUGACGACGAUGAGGGUGAUGCGGAGGCUGAGUGGCAGGAAAGUUUGCAGCAGUUGGAGUUGCUGCUGAGUAUGGUGCUUGUACCGUUUGUUGGGAAGUGGGUUGGGAGGAAGUGUGCUUAUAUUGCGUGGUCGAAGUUUAUGACUUGGAAGUAUCCAGUUGAAGUCGCCGCAGAGGCCGCGCCUAAUAUUGUGUGGUUGGUGAGGGUUUCAUCACCAUUGUAGAGAAGCGAGGGGUCGGAACAUUUUGUUAUUGUGUUUGUCCACGAGACACAUGUUUUCUGGGGGUAAAGUUCUUGGGAAAUACAAAUUAUAGUACUAUGGAGUAACGGCUGUGGAAUUAUUUCUAAUUUUUUUGUCAUCCUUUCACUGGUUAGUGGUUUGUGAGGCCUUUCUCUCUUUCUUCUCAAAGUGUAUCUUCUUCAGUCGCUUCUUAUUAUAUACCCCCAGCAUGAAGAAGAAGCAGGAGAGGGUCGAUGAACUAAGUUAAAAUGCUUACCGAAGUAUUAUAUGCA